ACAACUAACCUAGCUUAACAUUUAUUACUAAUAUUCAAGAUCUCUCUCUAGCUAGCUCCCUCUUAGUAAUUCCAUCCCUGUGAUGCAUGAAUGGGAAUGGCUACAAACAAGUCAUUCAACGACUUACCCUUUCUCCUCCUCUCACUUUCCCAGCUUAUGGUUGUAAUUAUAACCCUCCUUAACCUCCAUCCUAUUUUUGUUCAUGCCUUAAACAUCGGCAUUCCAAAGGAUGAGGAGUGCAGUAGAACCUGUGAAUCACAAAACUGUGGAGUGGCUCCACUAUUAAGGUAUGGAAAGUAUUGUGGAGUUUUAUACAGCGGGUGUCCAGGAGAGCAGCCAUGUGAUGGUCUCGACAAUUGUUGUAUGAGGCAUGAUGCCUGCAUAAAAGCUAACAACAACGAUUAUUUAAACACGGUGUGUAGUCAAAACUUUUUAAGAUGCGUGAAUAAGUUCAAGAGGAGGAGGAGGAUGCCAUUUAAGGGGAACACUUGCUCAAUUGAUCAAGUUACUAAUGUUAUGACCACAGCCAUGAAUUUUGCCUUGAUUGCUGGGAGAUUUGUAAAUAAAUCAUGAUUGCUUCUGCACCUAAUUGUGGUUAAUUUUGAGGACAUCCCAGAAAUAUGGUCAUCUAUUUUCUUGCAAUAAAAUCUU